AUGCGUUCGACCCUCCUCCGCUUCGCAUCCGCAGCCAGAACUUCCACUUCCCAAGCUCCUCCGUCCAAGUCUCGUCUGCGUAAACCGGCGCCCCUCUCGCUGGACCACUUCAUCCAACGCCAACGCGUCAUUCAUCUGUACCGUGACAUUCUCCGCUCGAUAUACCGACACAUGCUCCCCCCUCAAAGAGACGAGAGCGUGGCGUAUGCGAAGGGCGAGUUUGCGCGAAACAGGGACAUCACGGAAAUUGAGAGGAUUCGGUAUCUGAUCAGCACGGGCAAAGCGGAGUGGGAUGGACUGAGGAGGGGUGUGGAGGGGAUGGGGCCGGUAAAAGCAAAAGGU